AUGCCAGCAUUUGACAACGAUGCAGAAAAUAAUUCGAUAAUUCAGGGAAUCGUUCCUUUAACUUCUGCUUCAGAUAUUCCACUUCUCGGUAGUGGAAUAAUAGAAGAAAGUAAUACGACAACAGGUCCACUGUUAUCAACAACAACAACAAUACCUUACUCAAGACCUGUUUUAGAAGAACGUAAAUUUUUUAGUACAAUAAUAGAAAAUGUAAUCGCUAAUCUUACUCGACUAAUGAAAGAUAAAGAUUUGGCCAGAUUAUUUGAAAAUUGUUGGCCGAAUACUUUAGAUACGACAGUCGCUUGGACAAAAUUUGAUGGAAAUUAUCCGAAGACAUUUAUCAUCACUGGAGAUAUACCAGCAAUGUGGUUAAGAGAUUCAACAAAUCAAGUAAUUUCUUAUGUACCAUUUGCAAAUCAAGAUAACGAGUUAAAACAAUUGAUCUUAGGAUUGAUCUAUAUGCAAGCUGAAUUUAUCGUCGAGGAUCCAUAUUCUAAUGCAUUCAGAGCGCCAAACGAAACAAAUAUUCCGUACGAAGAAAAUCCCUGGUCAAAAACCGACAAAGUGAUACCCAAACCGUCAAAUUCCACUUGGGAGUCAAAAUGGGAGGUUGAUUCGUUGGCAUCAUUUUUGAAAUUAUCUUUUAAUUAUUGGCAGAGCACGAAGGAUGAAAGAUUUUUAAAAAUGGAAAUUUGGAAAAAAGCUGUCACGACGAUUUUGGAAACAUUUGAAAUACAACGGUUGGGCACUUUUGAAGAGUUAAAUAAUGAACAUUAUUUAUUUACUAGAGAAACUAGAACUUCUACUGAAACCUUGUUGUUGUAUGGCAAAGGGAAUCCUGUAAGAAGAACAGGACUAAUAAAAUCACAAUUUAGACCCUCAGAUGAUAGUACAACAUUCCCAUUUCUAAUUCCUUCAAAUGCAAUGGCAUCAGUAGAAUUAGAACAUCUAUCCAAGAUGUUGAACAAAACCUAUCCAGAUCUAGCUAAGAAAGCAUUCGAGAUGGCAAUUGAUAUCAGGACAGCAAUUGUUUCAUUGUCGAUAGUUCAUCAUCAAAAAUUUCGUGAAAUAUUUGUUUAUGAAAUUGAUGGAUACGGAUCGACAAACUUGAUGGACGACGCGAAUAUUCCUAGUCUGUUGAGUUUACCAUAUCUCGGAUUUCUAGAUAAAAAUGACCAGAUUUAUCAAAAUACCAGACAAUUUAUUUUAAGUGAUUGGAAUAAAUACUAUUUUGAAAAUUUUCAAGAAGGUCAACAACAACAAAAAUAUAAAGGUGUUGGUAGUCCUCAUUCAGGACUAGGUUAUAUAUGGCCGAUGAGUUUAUGCGUUAAGAUUUUAACGUCUACAGAUGAUCAAGAAAUUCUCGACACGUUGGAAUAUUUAAAGUCUUCAUCAUCCAACACAGGACUUAUACAUGAAUCAUUUUGGUACAAGGAUUCAAAUAAUUUUACAAGACCAUGGUUUGCGGCUACAUGCUGA